GCUCGCCGCUCGGCCGGGACCCGCGCAGCGCCACUGGCUCGGGGAAUCGGCCCCCGCCUCCUCCCCGCCCGGGGCCUAGAGCCACCCAAAACCAGAGGCCGGUGAUCAAGCUGGAGCGGCUGCCGCAUCCCGGCCCAGCCUCCCCCACCGUCCCUCCCCCUGGCUGGACAUCUGGACCCUGGGCCCCGCACCGACAGGGUUCCGGAAACCCUCCCCGCCUAGCUCCGCGGCCAGGCCCCGUGCCACCUUCUCUCUAAAACCCCCAGCCCCCUCCAGAACCAGACUUGGGUCUACUCCUGGACACCCCCUUCCCGUGCUCUCCCUCCCCCCCUCCCCCAGCCUGGAACCCGGUAGGAGGGAGGGGGGGUGUGCGCCUUGCGCCGUCCCCGCCCCGCCCCCCGUGAUUCCCCCUGCAUGGCCGGCCAGGGUGGGGGACGCGGGGGGGCCCGGGCGCCAUGCGCGGGGGGCACAAGGCGGGUCGCUGUGCCUGUCCCCGUGUGAUUCGGAAAGUGCUGGCAAAAUGCGGCUGCUGCUUCGCCCGGGGGGGACGUGAAUCCUAUUCCAUUGCUGGCAGUGAGGGGAGUGUAUCAGCUUCUGCUGCCUCUGGUCUGGCUGCCCCCUCUGGCCCCAGCUCUGGCCUCAGCUCUGGGCCCUGUUCCCCAGGCCCUCCGGGGCCAGCUAGUAGCCUGAGAAGAUGGUUGGAUAAUUCCAAACAUUGUCUCAGUGUGGAAACUGAGGCAGAUGAUGGUCAAGCAGGACCAUAUGAGAACUGGAUGCUGGAGCCAGCUCUAGCCACAGGAGAGGAGCUGCCAGAAUUGACCUUGUUAACCACAUUGUUGGAGGGCUCUGGAGAUAAGACACAGCCACCUGAAGAGGAGACUUUGUCUCAAGCCCCUGAGAAUGAAGAGGAACAGAAGAAGAAGGCUCUGGAAAGGAGUAUGUAUGUCCUGAGUGAACUGGUAGAAACAGAGAAAAUGUAUGUGGACGACUUGGGGCAGAUUGUGGAGGGUUACAUGGCCACCAUGGCUGCUCAGGGGGUCCCUGAGAGUCUUCGAGGCCGUGACAGGAUUGUGUUUGGGAACAUCCAGCAAAUCUUUGAGUGGCACCGAGACUAUUUCCUGCAAGAGCUACAGCGGUGUUUGAAGGAUCCUGAUUGGCUGGCUCAGCUAUUCAUCAAACAUGAGCGUCGGCUGCAUAUGUACGUGGUAUAUUGUCAGAAUAAGCCCAAGUCAGAGCACGUGGUGUCAGAGUUUGGGGACAGCUACUUUGAGGAGCUCAGGCAGCAGCUGGGGCACCGACUUCAGCUCAAUGACCUCCUCAUCAAACCUGUGCAGCGGAUAAUGAAAUACCAACUGCUGCUCAAGGAUUUUCUCAAGUAUUACAGUAGAGCUGGGAUGGAUACUGAAGAGCUGGAGCAAGCCGUAGAGGUCAUGUGUUUUGUGCCAAAGCGCUGCAACGAUAUGAUGACUCUGGGGAGACUUCGGGGAUUUGAGGGCAAACUGACUGCUCAAGGGAAGCUCUUGGGCCAGGACACAUUUUGGGUUACGGAACCUGAGGCUCUCGGGCUACUUUCCUCCCGGGGUCGAGAGAGGCGAGUCUUCCUCUUUGAGCAAAUCAUCAUCUUCAGUGAGGCUCUGGGAGGAGGAACUCGAGGUGGCACACAACCUGGAUAUGUGUACAAGAGCAGCAUUAAGGUGAGCUGCCUGGGGCUGGAGGGGAACCUCCAAGGUGACCCUUGCCGCUUUGCACUGACCUCCAGAGGGCCAGAAGGUGGGAUCCAGCGCUAUGUCCUACAGGCUUCAGACCCUACAGUCAGUCAGGCUUGGAUCAAACAAGUGGCUCAGAUCCUGGAAAGCCAGCGGGACUUUCUCAAUGCAUUGCAGUCACCCAUUGAGUACCAGAGACGGGAAAGCCAGACCAACAGCCUGGGGCGGCUAGGAGGGCCUGGGAUAGGGAGCCCUGGGAGAAUUCGUACUGGAGACCGGUCUCAAGUCAGCACACACACACCCAUCAAUGGCUCUCUCCCCUCCCUACUGUUGUUGCCCAAAGGGGAAGUGGCCAGAGCCCCGCUGUCUCUGGACACACAGGCCCCUGGUGACAACUCCCAGGCACCCCAUGGCUCUUCUCCAGUCCUUCCAACACCAAACACCCCUCCCUGUCAGGCCAGACUUGCCAAGUUGGAUGAAGAUGAGCUGUAACUGAUGAAGGCCACGGGGUGGUGCUGACUCAGCCACCUAUUCCCCAAGGAACUUCAGGGCAAUCCUCUGGUUUCACUCCAGAGUUCUUCCUUCUUAUUAUGUCUGCAGGGUGGGCAAGGCUGGGAAAGAUGUCAACUCGGAGGACAGUACCUAGAUCCAAAAGGACUUCUUUCUAACCCAGGAACCCAGGAUCCUUCAGCUCCACCCCUAUGCAUGCAUCAUGGUCCCUCCAAAAUGAAGAUAUAUGGGUGGUCCAGAGGGAAGCCUGGGGCAGGGGCCAGAUAGAAAUUAUUGGUUUUGGUUUUGAUUUUGUUUUUUUCUGUUUUCUGAGAAUAAAGGUUUUGUUAUA